UUUCAGCUAGAUUUUCAGCUCUUUAGGAAGCAAAAAAAAUAGGGUGAUGGUACACUUAUUUUAUGUUAUUACCCUGGCAAAGGAUCUCCAGAAAAACACCCACCAUGUUACAGCUCCUUUCCUUUGUUACUUCCCCAAACUUCCUUACACUGGGUUACAUUGUUCACAUUUUAAGUUAUUCUUUUAGCUGUUCUAACAUUUAAUUUCACCUGUAACACUUCUGUGCCAGCAGUUUUGUUAUCAUUAUAUCAUUAUAUCAUUAUUGCCAUUACUCACUGCAUCACAGCCAACUGGCAGCCAACUUCUGUUUUCUGAUUCAAUCAAUGCAAUGUUCUUGCCAUUUGCAGUCCUGCUGAGGCUUCAUCCUGACUUCAGGCAUCUAGAGACUAGACAGCUACUCCAAACUAAUCAUCCCACUCAGCUGUAGUCCCUGGAGAGUGGUAGUCCCUUGGGGACAUGAUUCAUCCCACCUGACUUAGAGCCUGGUGUCUGGAUGUGAGGGUCACACUCAGGCAUGGCCAUCCCUCUCCAUUGACUAUUGUCUCAUGAUUAUUCCAGGGCACACAUUUAGCUUUUAUAUGACUUAAUGGAAUUUAUUCUCAGGCAAUUUUGUCAAUAAAAGACCAAUUGAUCACAUAACUCUCCAGCCACACCUUCAUUCCCUAGUUGCCUGUAUGGAGUUCAGUAGCUCCAGGGUGAGCUGAUCUCUGCUCCUCUGCAGUUCUUCACGUGUUGUAUUCUCGUGGUGUGUUCUUACACUGUGCUUUAAUUCACAUAGCAAUGUCUGCCUGUACUGUUCCUCCAAAAAUGACUCCAUGAUGCUUUUGGGAAGCUGGAGUUAACUAAUCCCCAGUAAGCAGCAUGUGAGCAGUAUCAUCAUUCACACAGCACCAGACUCCUAAGGCUGAAUGACCUUGAAGGAUUUCCAGGGAGACGUUAAAAGAGCACAUGAAAUACUGCUCUUCUCACCUGCAGUACCUAAUGACCAGGAUUCCUGCUGUGAUUCCUACAAACACCAUGACUCUGUGUGUCAAAAAAUAGAAUGUUCUGGCUUCUCUGCCAGAUGCUGGUGUAGCAGAGCCAAGCUCCCAAGAAAUGCUAAGGAGGAGCAUUGUCUGUGGCUCAGGGAUGAGUAAGUUUCUCUGCUCAGUCUGAUUACCCACUUGGGAUAUUUGUGUUUCAUUAUAACUGACAGUAAGCAGCAUGUUUGAUUUGGAACAAAUUUCAAGCAGGAACAAGUUCCAGCAUCUGCAUUUCCACUGUGAGCACAGUGAAGGACAAAACAGGUUAGAGCCUGCUAGGCCAAGGGUGGGGACCUCUCUAGGGAAGGGAAGGGGAGGGGAGGACAGUACAUUAAUCAGUUACAAGGAAAAGGAAGAAACACCUUGAAGAGCUGAUAUUCUGCCCCUUGCAAAAGGGACAUUCUGGCCACCCAGUAUCAGGUGUGUGUCUGGGGAAGUCGGGUGAGGGAGCUGGGGAAAGCCGGCUCCUCCCUCGGUGUGGGAGGCUGAACCUGGUGAUUAAGGAGUUGAGCUUAUGCUGAGUCCUGAAGGAACCUGUUGGGAGGAGCUCAGGUGUGCAGGAGGGGCAGAAAACAGCUGAAGACGGACACAGGACUAAUCCAGCAGGAGAGACACCUCUCGGCAUCAGCAGUUCCAGUCAUGUUCAAUUACCUGGCAGUCGAGGUGAGGCCCCAGCUCCACCGCAGCUAUGGGAGCCAGCAAGGGGUGUCUGGGCCACUGAAGAGCCGCCUGGAACAGCUGAAGAAGCCGUGGUGGAGGGAGCCCACCCCGCUGGUGCUCCAGCACAGCGAGACAGCCAGGCUGGCCAUCGAUGCCUUUCUUGAGCAGGGGGAGCGCGGCUACCUGAGCGCCAUCGCCGAGGAGAGGGAGCUGCCAUUUCUUUCCACCUUGGACAUGGAGUACAUCAGCCAUCAGAGGAACCAGAGCUUCCCAGACCCCUGUGCAAUGAAAGACAAAGAAGCUGACCCUGGUGAGACAGACACUGGAGACAGGUUCUCCCUCAACUCUGAACUAACAUCGGGCACCUACUUCCCCCUCAUGUCUGAUGUGCACCCUCCGGAGCUGGAGCUGGGGUGGCCAGGGACACCACUCCUCACGGUGUCUGGCCAGACUCAAGCCACUGUGAUUUUCCAAAGAAACAAAACGAACAGCAUUAAGGAUUUGGUCCGGUCUCUGAUCAGCCGGGCACGGACGGUGAUAGCAAUUGUGAUGGAUCUGUUUACAGACAUGGAAAUUCUGUGUGACCUGCUGGAGGCCUCAAGCAGAAGGCACAUCCCUGUUUACCUGAUUCUGGAUGAAGAGUACUUGAAGCAUUUUGUGGAAAUGUGCAAUAAAAUGGCUCUUACUCAGGACAGCUUCCCAAACAUGCGCAUAAGAUGCCUGAGUGGAGACACGUACUACAGCAAAGCAGGCAAGAAAUUUGCAGGCCAGGUUCUGGAGAAGUUUGUCCUGGUUGAUUGUGACCAAGUUCUUGCUGGUACAUACAGUUUCACCUGGCUUUGCAGCCAAGUCCACACCGGCCUGGUGACCCACUUCCGUGGGCAAAUUGUUGCAGAGUUUGACAAGGAAUUCCGGUACUUGUAUGCAGAGUCCAGAGCAGUGACCAGCUUCUGUGAGCCAGAUCCUGGGACAUGUCUCUCUUCUUGGAAUACCUCAAAAGUUGACAACUGUCUUCUAAGACCCACUCAGGGGAAUGAUACUGAGACCCUGAGCCCCUCCAGCAGCCUUUCCAAUGUAAGCAUCAGGAGCAUAAAAGUGUCUCCCUUUAUGAAAAACUUGAGCUGUGGUGCACACCAGGAAAAGCAAGAUUCCAGCUCUGAAUCUGGCAAUAAGAAGGGGAAGGAAGACACAUUCCUGAAGCCCACCUGCCCUAAACAGCAAGAAGAACCACCAGACUCGGCGAACAGUCCUCCAAAUAAACCCUCCUCAGCCUCGUAUCCCAAAUCAAACCUCAUAACAGCAAGGACAUUCCUGCAGCCGGAGCCUUCCUCCAAUAAACCUGGUAACCAGGGGGAUAUUAAGGCCAACAGCAGCCACUGCUCCCCGCUGAGAGUGGGGCAGCCACUGCAGUCCCUGUCAGAGGGUACCGGCAGCAAUGGGACCAGCCUGAAGCAGAGAGCACCUGUGGCCACCUCCGGGGAACUGCCAGCUGAAAAUGAGAAUGUGUUUUAUGGGGUGGAAAAGAGACAGAGCCCUGGACAUGGCCAUUUUGACCUUUUCUCCCCAUACAGCCACCUCAAACGGGAUAAAAAGUCCGUAGUGCCUUGCUAUGACAAGUUCCCGGAGGAUAUGCUGCUGGAAAAGAACAGCGCAUAUGGGGCAGAGAAGAGAAUGACUCUGGGGCACAGCAAGCUGGACCUGAUCACCAAGUACAACAAGCUAAAAUCCAAACACAUACACAGUCGGUUCGAACUCUGACCUGGGCCUUGAGCUGGCCUCUGGUCUGAUUUUCCAGGGGUUGCUUUUCCCUGCCAAUCAUCAUGCCUGAGGCUUGGAAUCAAAACAUUAGUUUAAUGUUUUAAAACUGUUAUAAGGUGUCUAAUCUGUGUAGAUAACUGAUUCAGACGAGAUUAGCAACUGCAGCUCAAAUUUUCAAUUACAUGAUUAUGGCAGGAGGGAGAAAAGCACAUAAAACUAAUGCACAUUAUUUUUACCCAUUUGGGAAAGAACUAUUUUCCCUUAAACUUACAGCAAAGCCAUUGCUACAGCUGGAAACUGGCCACUGAGGUCUUCAGGGUGAGCCCUGGUUCUCUCCAUGCUGAGCAAUUCCUCUCCCUAUUCAUAUGGUGAAAAUGAAAUGGCCAAAGGCAGGGGGUUGUGAAAAAUAAAGGAGUUGUUCUGCUGGGAAAAGGUGUGUUGGGUCCUGGUGGUGGGGGGAUGAGCAUUGAGCAUGGC